GAGCUCUGGGCAGAUUGAAACCUUGAAAAGUGACCUGUAGGAAACCUACAAGCAUAUGUAACCAAAGCAAAUUUCUGCUAAAUAUUUUUACCUAAAACACAAUCACUGGUGUUUUGUUAAGUUGCUGCUCACUAGUUCACUUCAUGUUGAUUGGCAGUUAAAAUGACCUGUGUCCCUUUCUAGGCAUCAACUUGAUUAUCUUUUCCCUUCUGCUGAACAGAGAAAAAAUUCUUCACUUGUUUUCUCGUCUUUCUUACUACCCGUGUGUUUAAAGAAUUCUUUCUUGCUAUUCUUCAUGUUUCUCACUGUUUGCAUCUGGUUUUGCUUCUUGUCCUCGCUAGAGCUAUGCCUGUAUUCUUUUAGCACUCUGUUACUCAAGUAAUAGUAACCAGACACAGAUUCUUCUGUCUCUGUGCUUUUUUCUUCCAUUUGAGUUCAAGAGAGGUCUUCUGGCCGUGUUAGCAGGCAAUGAUUUAGCAUUUCACAUUAGACUGGGAUGAACCACUCCUAUUUGCCAUGCGUACCCAUGACCAUAAUGGAGCUCUAAAAUUAGAACCUUUGCCUGCACCUUCCUUUUAUGCACACAUAUUUAACUCAAGCCUUUAAUUUUAGUGAUCUCAAGUAGGUAUAUAUGUUUUCUUUCUCUUCUACUGCAAAAAUGCAAUUUUCAGUACCUAUAUCUCUAAGAUAUCAAUAAAAGAUAUUCAGAGGGAGCUAUCAGAUGUCUGUCCUUGCUAAUCAUCUUCUGGAUGUUUCUGAAUAGUUUGGAGAAAACUCUUCUUUUGUUAGCAAAUGAUAAUUAGGUAUAGAUUCUUUGUAGAAAAAAACUAAGUAUAAAUAUUUCUGACGGCCCCCUGAGAUUCAGUAUGACAUUCUUCAGACUGUAAAUGGAUUCCUAUAAACCUCUUGGAAUUUUCUCUUCCUCUAAAGUAAAUUUAGUACUGGUAUCCCUUAUUCAUAGUGCUAGGCAAUAAUGAAUGUAACAGCAAAGCAAGUCAUGCAAGUGCUUUCAUGCUUUUCUCUCCUUCAGCUUUGCUGGAGGUGAUAAAACAACACAGAUUACUGGCACUUUUCCAUGCAGACUGGCUCCUGUUCCCUGUGAAUGGAGAACUGCAUCUUGGAUCACAUGGUUCUGUUAGCAAGAAGAGUUGAGAACUUUUUUUAUGCUUCUUAAAGACAAUGGCAUUUGACACAAAAACUGGCCUGAUUCUGCAAGUGCAAUGUGUGAUUGUUUUAUGUUGGCAUCAAGCAAUUAAAAAAAAAAAAAGACAUUAUUUUAAGCUUAGUAGUAUGCUGUAACACUAAAAUAACACUUUCCACUCCAUUAGAUGGUGGAUAAAGAGUGCCCUACUGCAGAUCCCUCCCACUGUCAUGAGUGGGAUCAGGUUCAAUAACAUUAUACCAUCUGGCUGGCAUCAGUCCAGUUCAGCAAGGACUCCUUCUGUGGUGUUAUCACAGUGUUAAGUCAGGAUAGUGGGUGGCUGAGCAGUCAAAAACCAAGACAGAGAUGGUCCGUCCUCUCACAGAAAAGCUUUAUUGGAUGCAUAUACAACUAUCCACAACUUUGCCGCAAUAUAUAGACCCUAAUAACAAGAUGUCACCAAACCACAUGUAUGCCUCCUUGGAGUCUUGGCAUCCUGGGAAUGACAUAUUUCAGAAUAUUCAUCUUCUCUUUAUUCCAAAUUUUCCCAGCUUCUCUGCUUUGAUCCCCUUUUAUACCUUCUGCAAUUCUUUAAGAUGGGCAACACCUCUGGUUACUUCUUUUCCUUACCUCAUUGUGGAUUUUACUGGUUGUUCUUCCUACCUAUGCAGAAGACCAAGCAAUUAUGAAAAACAUUUUACAAAACAGUUAAAAUUUUAGAAAAGACUAUAUUGAUACCUUGAAAAAAUAUUCUAACAAUCAGUGCUUUCCACACUAUCAAAGGUUACUGUUUCUGUUGGCAAUUCCUUUCUGCCCUUUUCUUAAAGUUCAUGGAUGAAAUGUAUGGUGUGUCUGUGGGACUAUAAUGAGGGUAUGCACAGCAAACACAUAUGCCAGGAUGAAUGGAAGUGUAAAGUUUGGAUUUUGUGCCAGAAUUUCCAUUUGGUGUUAUUUAAAACAGCAGAUCAGGGCUAGACUGUGUGACCAGCCCUAGAUGAGUGUACAGUUAAACCGUACCAUGUUGUUCCAUUAUAUCCUGACUCUUACAGAGCUGUUCCUUUAACAGGCUUCUGAGGUGUGCAAAGAGACAAACAGCAUCAAACUAGGCUGAAUCACACAACCUCACUUCAGGAAUCCAGCUUCAGAGCUUGGAUUAGGAGUAUCGGCUUCUUGUAAAGUCAGCGAGGCCAUUUUGAUGCACACGUGUGUCCUGACUCACUUUGUGAAGACCUCAUUGAGACCUUGGUUUGGACCUUCCACACAAGGGAAGUACUUACGGAGAUCCUCUGUCCGGGAGAGUUCGUGCUUCAGUUUUGUCAGGACACAGCAUCUUAACAAAAUCCCGGAUCAAGAGCUGAGCUUGAAGCAGGGAAGAAAGCCUGAAUUAUUGAUGAGAGUAAUGGCGUUGCCGUCUGUCUGGAGCGUGAUGCGUGUGGCCAUCCCCUUCAUCUCAGUAGUUGGCCUGCUAAGCAUGAGGCUUGUGGGGGCCAGCCCGGACUCUGGGAGUGUCAUUCCUGCAGAAAGUCGUCCCUGUGUUGACUGCCAUGCAUUUGAGUUCAUGCAGAGGGCGUUGCAGGAUUUAAAGAAGACGGCAUAUAAUCUAGACACACGGACAGAUACCCUCCUCCUGAGAGUGGAAAAGAGAGGCCUGUGUGAUUGUUUUCGUGCAGUACACUGAAAGAAGCAGUAGGAUUUGGCCAGUGGACAUUUAUUCAUAUUUAAAAUGCUGUUCAAUAAAUUACAGGAAGAUACAGAGUUCAAGCUGUGUCACACCACAAGGAAAACAAUUUUUAUCCAAACAGGUACAGCUCAGCUAGAUAAUUUUUGCUUUGAUGUGUUUUAUCAUUACUGUACGCAAUGCUGCAUCUGCUGAAGCGUCAACAGAAGAAACAGCACCAAACUCUUGCUCAUUGGGUUUUAAGCAGUGAUAGCAUCUCGGUUUUCUGGUAUUUCAAGCCAAAACUUGCCCUUGGACUUCCAGGCCUGCCCCUCAGCACAUGUGAAUUGCCAUAGAUCUGUGAAAAUCAGUGGAGUCAAAUAUUUUAGUGUAUUUAUGGUAGAAUGUAUCCCUAACAUGAAAAAUAAGCUACUUUGCAAUCAUGAAUAGCUAAACAUUUACAAACAAGCAGUCAUGUCUUUAUAUAGAAAUUGAUAGUUGUCACUGCUUGGCAGCCCAAGGAAGGCAUUUGUUCCUAAUUCUAUCAAUAGUCCAGUGCACGGCAAACACAGUAAUCUGUAUCACAAUUUUAAUGUCUUCAGAGCUACACAGUAGCUGUGAUCUUUUUGGAGAGAUUUAUUAAGCAUCUAAUGUGAUCGGUAACAUUUGCAAUCACAUGAAUACUGCCUGGCAAUUCAACUGAUUACGUCUGCCAAAAUCUUCUGGAGAAGUGUCUUUCAUUAAGCAAAUCACAUACUGGAUAGAACCACUCAAACUGGCCUCUACAGAGAGUUUUGGCAGAAAGCCUGUAAAACGCCUGCAUGCCCACGAGCCUCCUGCAAACUGUAUUUUGGGAAAUAUUUAAGUUCUUCUAAAAUGGGCCAUGGCUCUUGCAUGGACUUUACACUCCAUAAAAGUGGUUACAGUACUGAUACUAUUAUUCCUGCUGCAGUCAGUGAGAAACAAGAGAGAACAAAACAAUUUAGGCAGUGUAGUAGUAAUAUUAUAGUAGACAAGAUUGCAUGUUGUUACUCUUUGAAAAAGAAUAGCAAAUCCUUUCUCAUUGUUUUCCUUUUUUUCCUUUGUCUUUGAAGGAGAGAAGAAAAUUGCACCCAGUAGAAUAUGUAGAUGAUAAUGGAUUUUUUAUAGGGCUUCAAAUAUAAUUCCCAAACUCUAUUCCCAAAAUAUGUAACAGCUAGAGCACCUAUGAACAUGCUAGAAACUUUUAUACAAACAAGAGUACAAGGCCAGUAUCAAUAGCAAUGGCUUUCAAAGUCAUUUUACAAAUUCAUAUUGUUAUGUCUGCCUUCCCAUAAGUGGUUAAUCUUUUGCUGUCAGGCUGCUCAUAGGCUAUGGUGGUUGGUAGCCAUCUGUACGUUUCCAAACUGCUUCUUUCCCAUUUUAUCUACCACAUUAGGCACAAGGAAAUAGGGAACUGUGACCCUCUGCCAACUUGUUCUUUUGUGUGCAAUCAUAGUAACACAAUGGAGUGCAUUACCAUAUACUCUGCCAAAGUCAUUUGAAAGGCAUGUGGUUCUCAGCAAGGAAAAGCUUCCUUGCACCUGCAUUUCAAGUAGGAAAUUUGCUUUGUCCUUUGUAGUAUUCUAGAAAAACCCUUUUAGGUCAACAGGACCUAAUAGUUUGUAUAAAAGAGAAGCAGCGUGACACAGCAACACAAGGUUUCUAGUAGCAUUGCUCUCCACUGUAGCACUGGGAAGUGACCGAUGCGAAAAAAUAGAGGUUCCUGUCAUAGACUGCAUUUUUUUUUACAGAUAAAACAAUAGGUUUAGCACAACUCCUUUGAAAAAUACUAAGCUUUUACCUUAUUCUCACUGAGAUUUGAACCAAAGUAAUACACAGGUCUUUGAAUUGCCUUUUUUUGCAGGAGAUGGAGCUCCAGCACCAAGCUUGUGAAUUUUCCAGCACAUCUCACCUUUUCAGGGGGCAGCAUGUCUAUGUUUUUGUAUUGCUAUUGUGCAUGAUUAUUCUGCUGGUACCUUAAAGAAUCUUGCAAAUUCCUCUUAGGAAGCAGUGGGUUUUUUUGUUGUGAUUCUAUUUACAGAAACGGUUGCUCACAGUUGAGUUUUGAUAUAUGCAGCUUAUUAUGAGAAAAGGUGCAAUGAAUGACAAGUGGAUGUUCUCUGACUCCCAAAGGGAUCAGAGUGACACUGCAACUUUAUGGUUGUGAUAGCAGUGAUUAUUCUGUAUGUACUCCUCUUUGUCUAUGACACAAUACAAUAAAAAGGCAAGAUGUUAUAGUAUUUGGUGUGCUUUGUUACUGAUUUGAAAAAUGAUAGUGCUUAUGCAUUAAGAAAUAUUUGGUCUUUAAUUACAUGGAACAUUCACAGAGAAAAAGUGCUACUGUGGAUCAGAAGAUAAAU